CCAGCUCACUCUCCCAACUAUCAGUCCCACUUGUAUACUCUUGCAUACUCUUCAGUAUGGCCUCAGCAACGGUCCAGCUCCCAACAGCCGACAAACCCACCCUCCUCACCACCCAGCCUGUCCAAACACCCCAGGACAAACCUCGCCACGUCCAUACAACCCUGAACUACUUCAAGGACCACGAAGACGGCUCUCCCCCAACCCCAAACUACGUCGGUGACCCUACGGCAUAUCGUACACAGCCCAUCGAGACAGCCCCGGCAACCAUCCACGACGUCUCGGGCCAUGAACUGGACUACACCCUCGACGGCAACGGCUUCCAGUUCUACUACCAUACCAGCGCCGAGAAGGACUUUCUCGACGACGAACAGAUCAAGCGCGUCUACUACCCCGAGACAGAGCAGCUACUGAAAGAUGCAACCGGCGCAUCCAAAAUCUUCAUCUUCGACCACACCAUCCGACGCGCCCCCCUCGACGCGCGAGAUCCAGGAACCCCCCAACUCCGAGGCCCCGUCCAAAGAGUGCACAUCGACCAGUCCUACCCAGCAUCCAAGAACCGGGUCACGCACCACCUGCCCCAAGAAGCCGAGAAACUACUCAAGGGUCGCUACCAGAUUAUAAAUGUCUGGCGACCGAUAAAGCCGAUCCUAAAGGACCCGCUGGCUGUUGCGGACGCGCAUACUGUCCCUGAUUCGGAUCUCGUCCCGAUUAAGCUUAUCUACCCCGACCGGGAGGGUGAGACGCUGGGUGUGCGCGCGAAUAAGGAUACGAAGUGGUAUUAUCGGUAUGGGCAGAGUCCGGAUCUGGUUACGCUGAUCAAGUGUUUUGAUUCGAAGCUUGAUGGGCGCGCGAGACGGGUGCCGCAUACCGCGUUUGCCUUGCCUGGGGCGGAGAAUGAGGCGGCCAGGGAGAGUAUUGAGGUUAGGACGUUGGUGUUUCAUGAGGAUGAUACUGCUGAAUGAUUAUGAGUUUGCAUGAGUGCGUUCUGCGUUUACUAGGUUAAUAUUUGCUUGCUAGCUAACUCUGAG